AUCAAUACAACUGCUGAUGAAAAGGACCCUACAAAUCCUUUCCGUUUCCCAAACAUUGGUGUGGAGAAGUUUUUGGAAUUGAAUUCUGAGCAGAACCAUGAUGACUACUGUUUGGCCUAUGUGUUCACAGACCGAGAUUUCGAUGAUGGUGUUCUUGGUCUGGCCUGGGUUGGAGCGCCUUCAGGAAGCUCUGGAGGAAUAUGUGAGAAAAGUAAACUCUAUUCAGAUGGGAAGAAGAAGUCCUUGAACACGGGGAUUAUCACUGUUCAGAACUAUGGGUCCCACGUGCCUCCCAAAGUCUCCCACAUUACUUUUGCUCAUGAAGUUGGACAUAACUUCGGAUCUCCACAUGACUCUGGAACAGAGUGUACACCAGGAGAAUCGAAGAAUUUAGGACAGAAAGAAAAUGGCAAUUACAUCAUGUAUGCAAGAGCAACAUCUGGGGACAAACUUAACAACAAUAAAUUCUCACUCUGUAGUAUUAGAAAUAUAAGCCAAGUUCUUGAGAAGAAGAGAAACAACUGUUUUGUUGAAUCUGGCCAGCCUAUCUGUGGAAAUGGAAUGGUAGAACAAGGUGAAGAAUGUGAUUGUGGCUAUAGUGACCAGUGUAAAGAUGAGUGCUGCUUUGAUGCAAACCAGCCAGAGGGGAAAAAGUGCAAACUGAAACCUGGAAAAGACUGCAGCCCAAGUCAAGGUCCCUGUUGUACAGCACAAUGUGCGUUUAAGUCAAAAUCUGAGAAGUGUCGGGAUGAUUCUGACUGUGCAAAAGAAGGAAUAUGUAAUGGCCACACAGCUCUCUGCCCUGCAUCUGAUCCCAAACCAAACUUUACUGAUUGUAAUAGACAUACACAAGUGUGCAUUAAUGGGCAAUGUGCAGGUUCUAUCUGUGAGAAAUAUGACUUGGAAGAGUGUACCUGUGCUAGUUCUGAUGGCAAAGAUGAUAAGGAAUUAUGCCAUGUCUGCUGUAUGAAGAAAAUGAACCCAUCAACUUGUGCCAGUACAGGGUCUGUGCAGUGGAAUAAGCAUUUCAACGGCCGAACCAUAACUCUGCAACCUGGAUCUCCUUGCAACGAUUUCAGAGGAUACUGUGAUGUUUUCAUGAGGUGCAGAUUAGUAGAUGCUGAUGGUCCUCUAGCUAGGCUUAAAAAAGCAAUUUUCAGUCCACAGCUCUAUGAAAACAUUGCCGAGUGGAUUGUGGCUCAUUGGUGGGCAGUAUUACUUAUGGGAAUUGCCCUGAUCAUGUUAAUGGCUGGAUUUAUCAAGAUAUGCAGUGUUCAUACUCCAAGUAGUAACCCAAAGUUGCCUCCUCCUAAACCACUUCCAGGCACUUUAAAGAGGAGGAGACCUCCACAGCCCAUUCAGCAACCCCAGCGUCAGAGGCCCCGGGAGAGUUACCAGAUGGGACAUAUGAGACGUUAGCCGCAGCUUUUGCCUUGGUUCUUCCUAGUGCCUACAAUGGGAAAACUUCACUCCAAAGAGAAACCUAUCAAGUCAUCAUCUCCAAACUAAACCCUCACAAGUAAUAGUUGAAGAAAAAAUGGCAAGAGAUCAUGUCCUCAGACCAGGUGGAAUUAUUUAAAUUUUAAAGCCUGAAAAUUCCAAUUUCGGGGGGUGGGGUGGAAAAGGAACCCAAUUUUCUUAUGGACAGAUAUUUUUAACCUGAUGGCACAAAGUCUCAGAAUAUUAUUAUGUGCCCUGUGUUCCCUGUUCUUCAUUGCUGCAUUUUCUUCACUUGCAGUCAAACUUGGCUCUCGAUAAACUUUUAUCACAAAUUGAAAUAUAUAUAUAUUUUUUUCAACUGCCAAUCAAGGAUUGGAGGCUCGACCACCUCAACAUUAGAGACAUCACUUGCCAAUGUACAUACCUUGUUAUAUGCAGACCUGUAUUUCUUACGUACACUGUACUUCUGUGUGAAUUGUAAACAGAAAUUGCAAUAUGGAUGUUUCUUUGUAUUAUAAAAUUUUUCCGCUCUUAAUGAAAAAUUACUGUUUAAUUGACAUACUCAGGAUAACAGAGAAUGGUGGUAUUCAAUGGUCCAGGAUUCUGUAAUGCUUUACACAGGCAGUUUUGAAAUGAGAAUCAAUUUACCUUUUUCUUAUAGUGGAGUUGUUCUUACAUUCAUUUCCUCCUUAUUGUGGCUGCUAUGAGCACGAGUGACUGUGUUGAAGAAACAGCUCGUGUGCAGCUGGACAUCAGCAGCACUGCUCCAGGUAGUUCUUCGUGUACUUGACGUCCGCUUCCUGCUUACAUUUGUUACACUUGCUAAUUCAAUUCCUGUUUUGAAUUGAUAGGUGAAAUUUUAUUCAUGCUUUGGUAGGAAUUAUGUCAGUGAAAUGAUUCUUUUCAUUUGUAGCCUCCUUAUUUUGUUGUAUUUUUCCGUAUAUCUAAAAUAGGCCAAGACUUUUUUUUUGUCUGAUAUGAAAAAGAAAAGCUGUGUCUUUAAAUAUUUAGACAGACUUUCAGCGCAUCAUAACUGAUCCUUGGUAACCACUAAAGAUGAGCAACUUGCUCAGCUGGUAGUUAAAAUUGUAGAUAGGCCUUCUGACGUUUUUUCCUAAGAUACUUUAACAACAGUGAAGGUGAAACAGCACAAUGUCCAUUCCAAAUUUAUUUUGUAAGCAGAUGUAAAUAAUUGGCAUGUUAAAGAAAGAGAAAGCAAAAGCAUUUAAUGUAUUAACAGGCUUAUUGCUAUGCAGGAAAUGGAAGGGGGCAUUACAAAAAAUAUUAAGCUUGUGACAUAUUUAUUGCUUCUGUUUUCCAACUACAUCACUUAAAUUAGAGUCAACAGCUGGUUUUCCUGGCUUGACAGAAGAGGCAAAUUUAGGAAAAGUUGGAAAGAGUUCUGUGUUUGGCUUUGUUUUUCUUUUUUCUUAAGAGUCUAAGGUUUACACAAUCAUUCUUGUAAUGUGACGCAAGCCGGCAAGGCCAAAAACGCUAGAGAAGCACUGGUCUCUCCGUGCACCUGUACAGCGCGUGGCGACUUUUCAGAAUACAGCUUUUGUACAUGAUUCAGAGACAAAUUUUGUACAUGAAACCCCAGAUAGAUUAUAAAUAAUUCUAAAAAACAAGUAGAUAGAUAUGUAUGAAAUUGCUUUUAAAUCAUUUAAAUGCCUUUGUUUUUGGAUUGUGCAGAGGUUGGAAGUGGGUUUGCAUUUCUAAAAUGACUUUUAUUCUGCAAGAGUUCUUAGUAACUUCUUGAGUGUGGUAGACUUUGGAACAUGUAAAUUUUUUGCUUGUAAUGUUAUCCUGUGGUAGGGUUUUUGGCAGUUACACACUGCCCUAUUUUAUUUUGAGUCUAAGUUAAAUGUUUUCUGAAAAGAGAUACAUGCACUGAAUUCUUCCCACUGCAAAUCAAGAUGUGGUAAAAUGAAAAGAUCAAGACAAAUGCGAUCUAAUACUACUGUUGUCUAAUGUCCACUGUGUUUUAUACAGUAUCUUUUUUGUUCACUUUGGAAAUUUUUACUAAAAAUUGCAAAAAAUAAAGUAUUGUGCAAAAAUGUAAGGUUUUUUGAAACUUGAAAUGCAUUAAUAAAUAGACUUGAUGAGAUCA